CCGUUCUGGCUCGAGCUGCUGCGGCCCCCCUCCGCGCGGGCCCGGCCCGCGGCGCGGAGCGCCGGGCCCGGGCACCUCCUCCUCCCGGCUCUUCACGGGACGGCCAGUGGCCAUGGGCUGCAGGGCCGCGCGCGCCGCCAGCGUUCCCCCCGGAGGGGACCCCGACUCCAGCGACGACGACAACCCCGCGGGCUGGGAGGGGGCGGCCCGCGAUGUCCGCAUGAGCCCGCGGCGGUCGCCGAGGAGCAUGGAGGGCACAGCGGGGGAGCAGCGGAACGGCGCCGACGCGCCGUGGGGAUGGCUCGAUGCCGCCUCGGCGGUGCUGGCGGCCGUGUGGGGCAGCGGGAGCCGGGCGGGCCCGCCGGUGCCGCGGCUGCACCUGCCAGCUCCCGGGGCGCCCGCGCAGCGGGCGGAACCGGCCGCUGUCGCGGAGGACCCUCGGAGGAGGAUGGCGAGGCGCAAGAGGCUUGUGCUCGCGACCAUCGUCCUGUCGUGGUUUGCGAGCGGCGCGCUGGUGUUCUCCUCGAUGGACCUUGGGCCGCUCAGGACCAUGUACCUCAUGGUGCAGAUCAUAACGACGGUCGGCUAUGGCGACUUCGUGCCCGAGACACAGGGGCAGAAGUUGGCGUGCACAGCUGUCGUGUUGAGCUCAACGCUUCUGGUUGCCAACGUUGUGAUGGCUUCUGUUUCGGAUAUGCAAGACAAGAUUGGUGGCGAAGUAGCAUUCGACGUGGACGCAAUGACUCGCAGCAUUCAAACCCAUCUUGAGGCUGAGGAGGAGCGGAAGGUGUCACUGUCUGCCCGCGGUGCUUGCCCGACGGAGGAGCUGGUGAGGCCGUACAAUUUUGCACAUGAGCAGCAUCAGCAGCACUGGAAGCGGAUUUCCAGAGAUCUAACUAUCAGUGCCAGUAUUUUCAUGUUUUGUUUGGUGGCAGGCAUUGUAUUUUUCAAGCUGGCAGACCCUUGUAGCACACGGAAGUGCGAUAAUGACAAAGAGCACGUCCAUACCUGGACCGACGCACUCUACAUGAGCGUGAUAACUAUGAGCACGGUCGGCUUUGGAGAUAUCGUGCCUCAAUCAAAGAUUGGGCGAGCAUUUGCCACAAUUUGGAUGAUGGUCGGUGUCGCCGUCACCUUUCGCUUGCUUGGCAGCGUCUCCAGCGUCAUCGAUCAUACUCUACGUGCAGAUGUGCAGGCUCAAAUGUCUCGCCAGCUUUUCCAUGAGAGCGAUGAGAAUGGCGAUGGCCAUUUGGAUGUUUUGGAGUUUAUAAAGCUCCAAUUCGUUCAGAAUGGAUUUGUGACAAAGGAGCAGUUCGAUGCUGUUCAUAGCCAAUUCAAACUGAUUGCUGGGCACGACGACAGAAUAUCGAUAGAUGAGUACGCAGAUUAUUUUUUGCCAGACGAGGUUCAAGAGCAGCGUCGCUCGAACAGCUCAAGGAGUGCAGAGUAG